GGUGGGAGUAAAGAGUAUAAAGUUGGCACCACAAACUGUUAUAAGUCAAAGGCUUAAACCCGGAAAGUUGGGUAAGUUGUACUGUGCGACUUUUGAUUGAAUAAAUCAGUAUAUAUCAGUGGAGUUAAAAUUUAGAAUAUAAAACCGAUAAGAGCGUAAUUAUUUAGAUUUUUCUUUUGAAAGAUAUCGUGUAGAUUCCUUGAUCAGUUUAUUUUUUACAAUUGAAAUCUAAAGAGCAUAAUAAAGAUGCCGUGUAAAAAAAAAACAAUGGAUUCUGAGUUAGACUUUUACUGCGGAAAAUUUCAUUAUUUAGUCUAAGUUAGUCUUGGAUAUGACCCUGUACAGUUUAUUACCAGAUGACCUAUGGAAUUAUGUGUUACUUGCAGUUUGGCUUCCUUAUUUUGACAUAGUUGGAAGAUUAAAGUUAGAAGGAACAUUAUUGUGGAAUAUUAGCGAAGAAGUAACUUUCGAUAAUGAACGGCCCAAAGGAAGUUUACAAUUAAAAUAUUAUUAUUAUUAUUAUUAUUAUUUUGUCUCGUACAAACUACAUGUUUGAACAUAACACAUUUUUUUUUAUUAGUGAAGGGAUGAAGGGUUUAAAAAAAAAUCCAUAGCAUUUUUUUUCCGAAUCAUCCUACAGCUAAUUAAGGAAGCAAAGAGAGAGAAUUAUAAAGAAAUUAUUGAAAACAAAAGAAUGUCUGUUGUCAAGUAUUUUUUUGUCAAAUUCGUUUAAAAAUAAUAAUAAUAAUAUUUUGUCAAAUAUUUUAUGUCGGACACUUAUGUGUUUGACAAUCUCAAAUUUUGUUAAACAGAAUAUUUAUGAUGUCUUGUGUUUAAGAAACAUGAAAAUUUUAAAGCUAAACAAACAGUUCCUUUUGAAUAUUGGCAGUUUAAUGUUAACCCGCAUACUGAUAUAUAGAGGGAGCCCAAGAAGAUUUUUCUUCUAGAUAUUGAGGCUAUUAGUUUCAAUUACUAAAUUAUACAGUAUAUAUGUUUUAAGAUUGGAUAAGAUAGAUGCUCACCUCAUUAAAAAUUAGAUAUAGUUGUUUGUUUCAAAACUGAAAUUCUAAGAUAAAAAUGAAAAAUUUAAUUUACAAUUUAAUUCAACUUCCUGACUACUCAGGAAUACAAAUCAGUGAAGUACAAGUUUGGGCUCCAGAGGUAUAGAAACACAAGAAAGUCUGUUUUUCUUUUUGAUGAAAAGAUAAUUGUGAGGUGUUGCGUGGUAAAAAAAGAAGAAGAAGAGAGUUUAGUAGUUUAAUCUACUUUAGAAUUUACAGUGGAUUAUUAAAACAAAUGAAGAUUCCCCUUAUGCUUUAGGAAAGAUUUUCUUGUAGAGAACCACCUUGACAAUAGACAGUAGAAGUGUAACAUACCAAGAGAAUGAUUUUUCUUGAAAGUAUAAAACAUGCACUAGACUUGAGUACUUCAUCACGCCUAAAAGAAGAAGAAGUCAUAAGGAUCCAACAGUAAAUACAUAAUACUAUGUUUGUGUCAUUAAUUUUUUUUUUUUAAAAAAAAAUAGGCUUACAUAUGAGUCUCAUACGUCAUAACGCUGCUACGAUGAACAGUUUGUGAGAUAGCUAAUAAGUUGGUAUAAUACAAAAAGGGCGUGUUGCAUAAAUAAAGCAAUCUGUUGGAUAGAAUCGAUAAAUGGCGAAUGAGAAAACUCCAUCCUUACCCACACCGUCAAUAAAUUGUGAAGAGGAAACUCUUAAAGAUCACAGGGAAGAAAACAUUUUUCAGAUACUGUAAUGCUAGAAUUUCAGCAAUCAAGGAUUAAUUUUGGAAAGAGUUCUAUUCUUAUAUAUUUUAAAAAAAAAAGUUUGGCUUAUGUAGGCAUACCAAUACCAGUGGAAGGUGAUUUUCAUUUUCAUUUUUAGUAGUAUGUGGGGUAAGUUUUUAUGACACAGUAAAAUUUGACUAUUGUUUUUCCUUUUCAUUUUAAUAAGCAAAAUAGGCAAAGUAAUUAGUAUACAUAUGCAAUCUUGUGAGAUUGUGAUCUUGUGAUGUAGUGUUAGCAGAAAAUAUUAGUGUUUAAACAAGUUUUCUUGUUAAGGUAAAUUAUCAAGAAUUUGUUGUGAUCUUGUGUAGUAGUAGUAUGUCUCCCCAAUAAUAGAAACAUGAUCUGAUUAAUAAUUGCAAGAAAUGUCAGUUUGAAAUUGAAGCAUUAAAGUCACAUGCUCCUGAAGUAAGUAACCUUGUAAAAGAUACAAAGUUAUUGUCGUUGCAUUAAAACCAUGUGAGAGGUCAGAAAAGAAAUAAUGUGAGAUGGCGUUAUCCCGCGUUGUUCUAAGUUUCGAGGACGAAACUUUUAUAAGGUGGGAGGGGUUGUAACACCCCGAGUUUAGCGAUCUAGUUACAUUAAUUUUUUAUUUUAUUUAGUUAGAUGAAUAAGUUUAUUUUAUGAAUAAUGUGAUUUAUUGUUUGAUCAUGUGUUGUUUUGACAGUUAACGUUGACCGGUAAGCUCUAAUAAUUUCAAGUGGAGAAAUAAGUAAUGUUUUAAAGCUUAAUCAGUUUAUUUUUAAAUAGAAGAUACUUUUAAUGUCUUAGAAACAUAUUUUUAAGAGAUGAUUAGAAGCCCAAUUCAGUUAACUAAGCCCAUGUUUGAGAUUGAAAUCCCUAAGAAGUGGUCAUACGUGUUAUUAAAAACCAAGGUCUCGACAUGCGUCUCUAUCCUUCCAUCAGCAGCCGUCUCUUCUCCCCGGAAGAGUUUUCAUUACUUUCAAUUUGCGAUCAAAGUUGUACUUAGUUCUGAAUCAAAUCUAAAACCUGGUAUGUUACAAGUUUCCUUCGGUCACAUACUUUCUUUUUACAUUGCCAGAAUACUUUUGAAAGUAGGUUGUUUAUUUAGGCAGAAAAGUUUCCACCGAAAGCAAUUCUAAAUUUUUUGGUUAAACUGUUCGGUUGUAUUUUUGAGUGGAAUUGGCAUAAUUGAUUUUUUUUUAAAUUAGUACUUGUUUAGAGAACAUGGAGGUUGGUUUAUUUUAGAAGCUGCAUAGGGCUGCUAACUCACAGAAUCAGGUCCUUAGAGCUAAUGUUAUACUUCGUAGUUCAAACUUUGUCUUAACUUUAGAUUUACUUCAAUUCAAUCGUAGACCAGUCUGAUAACUGCUGCUAUUUUUCGAUUUUAAGAUUUCUUUACAGGUUUGAAGGCAUAAUUGUCUGAAAAGUGAUUUGUUUGAAACCUAAGCUUGAGUUUUUUUUAUCUUCAGGGGGGCUAGUUUCAUUUAUUUUAAUUUUGGGGAUUUUUGAUUGACGAGUUAAUAAGUUGAUGCAUAGAGAUUUUAAAAUAGAAGAAUUCCAUUUUUUUUCAUGUAUUCAAAAUGUAUAAUCGAUUGGUGCUUAGCUAGAUUUCUUUAGUGGAUGACCUGAAUAUCAGUUUAGUUUUAGGUAAUAAUUUGUGUUUUGUUAGAAAGAACAAAAAAAAAAAACAAGACCCGGACAGUUCAUAUUUUCCUCAAACAACUAACUUGGGUAGUAGCAAAAGAUCACUAAAUUGGUCAUUUGGUCUGCACUUUUAAGCUUUGGUUAUAGUAUAAUGAGUUUUUAUUGUAAUAUUAUACUCAAUUAAAGAUUUAAGAGAAGAGCUUACCGGGGAGACGUUAUCAAGGUGCCACACUUAUCUGAGUAUUUUGAGUUCAGCUGCUAACAGGUAAGUUCACUACCACCUGUACAUGUUUGUUCAACCAAAUGAAAGAAAGAAGUCUGGUUGAUUUUUAAUAGAUAAUUUUAGACUAUUUGCUAUUAUGUGAACUAUGUGAAUUAUGUGAUGAGUUAUUUUAUUGCUAGAUUAAGUUAUGUUUAUUAUCUGGCAUAGUCAAGAUUUGUUAGUACUUUCGUUUCCAGAUUUAAUGAUGUUUAGUCAAACGUCACCAUAAAAAGAACUAAUACUUAAAGUGAAAGAUUAAGUGAUAUGUACUCGGGAAUUAGAUCCCUCAGAUUAGCAGUUUUAGUUUUAGAUAGUCCGAUAUGUUUAGUGGGUCGCUUCCCUGAGCUGUCAGAUUGGCGCCAUUGAGUACAUAUCACGGGCCCACAGUUAAAAUUAGCCACAAAGAGUUUUACAGAAAGUUUAAUGAGAUCUCUUUCAGAAAGUUUUACAGAAAGUUUAAUGAGAUCUCUUUCAGAAAGUCUUACAGAAAGUUGUUUUUGAGAUCUCCUUCAGAAAGUUUACAGAGAUGUUUUUAGAAAGAAAUUUUGAGAUCUCUCCAGCAGUUUUGAGAAAUUAUUUUAGAAAAUAUUUUCUUUUGAGAUCUCCCUCAAAAUGAAUUUGAGAAGAUAUGUGUUAUUGUGUUAGUUACUUGUUCAGUGCAUGCUUAUAGCCUAAUUUUAUCUAUUGAUAAAUUAGCAUAGACUUCUCAUAUAUUUUUGUGGAUCCAUAGUGACUUACUAAGCGUAAAGCUUAUCAGUUUUCUUUCUUCGCAUGUACAGAUACUAAGGGUAAGGCCAAGGCCUAGGAAGAUGACGAGGGAGUGGAACGCGUGCCAAGAUGAGUUAACGGGAACGACCUUGGUGGCUUCUAGCUAGAUAAUAUUUGGUUUCAGUAUUUCAGUGUUAUAAUAAAGUGACUUAUAUUACUUUAUCUUUUUUAUUUGAGGAUUUGAAGUUUUAGCAAAUUCCUGGAUCCAGGUGGUUAUCACAUGUGCUGGUGAUAACUAUAUUUUAUUGAGUUUUUAUCAAGAGUUAUACUUUAAUUAUAUUUGAGAUUUUAUCAGGGUUAUUUUCUUAAAUAGACGGCCGUUAAUUGCAGCUAUUUUUUUUAAAAGUAGUAAGUUAGUGUAACGAUUCCUUUAACCCUGAGAGGGGCGUUACAAAUUUGGUAUCAGAGCCCAGGUUGUCCCGUAACUUCAUCUGUCACCGUACACGUGCUCGUCAUCUUCCAAGUAAGUACUUAUUUAUGUAAAGAGUCAUCUAGGCCAUAAUAUAUUUGGGUGUUGUUGGUAUUAGUUAGAUAGAAAAGUCAAGUAAGAGUAAUGUAUACUCAACUCGUAAAACCAUUAUGUCAUUACAAGUUAUCCAGAUUAAAAUUUUAUUCGAGUGCCUAAACUCUUAAGUUAGAUCUUCUAUUUCAUAUAGGAAGUAUUUAGGGUGGUUAUUUAAAACACCAUAGUCGUAGACUACUGGUCAUAUAUGUCUCGUGGUUAAGUAUUUACAGUCUUACCAUUCAGAUCUUGUUGAUCUUUCAUAAUAGACAUUUUGAAUACACCCCGUCUACUCAAGAUUUAAAUUAGAUUAAAAAAAAAGUUUUAGAAUUGGUCUAAUAUUUCAUGUUUUAUUACUCGAUUCCCAUCAGUUAUUUUUAUUUAUUAGCACACAUAUAUCAAAUAAAAUGUCAGUUUGGUAGGACCACACCGACCCGGUGCUUACAACGAAAGAAUAUUUCCCACAAGCACGUGAGUCAUUGUAUUAUAGUUAUUGCAUUUAUCUAUUUAUAAAUUAAAACUAUUUUAAAAAUGCUCAUGAUAUUAGCUCUAUCUUAUUAUUUGCCAAAAAAAAUAGUGUAGUUAUAAGUUAGAGCUUAUUUUUUUAAUGUAAAAUGUUGAAGCUUCACUUUAGAUUUCAAAAGCUCUUAAAUAGUGGAUUCAAAUGUUUUAUCAACAAUAUCAUAAGCUGCAUGAUUUUUUUUAAGUGUUGAGUGUCGGUGUUUCAUGUUUGGUAUCUUAAAUUGCUGGGAGGGCCCCUCAGCGAUUUGAUGAUUCCAACAGGAGAUAUCGGUGAUCGGACACUACUUUAAAAUGAUCAAUGGUCAGAUUAUACAUUUCUUUACGUUGUAAAUGCUUAUUUCAAAAUAAGUUUUAAAGUGUGUUGAUUAAUCAUUUAAUGCGUUUAGUGAUUAAUGAUUGAUCACAUGGCAGUGAUUUUUUUUUACCAAAAUUCAAAUAAGUAAUUUUUUUAGUGAUAUAUUAGUAUUGUAUUUAGUUAUUUCCUCAAAAGUAUGUUUCAGAAGAAAUUUAGAGUUUUAAAAUAUCUCAAAGAAAUUUUCAGAGUAUUCUCAGCUUUUGGCACUGAGAUUUAAAAAAAUGUUGUACAUUCUUUUUACAAAGGUUGCCCUCACAUUUUUCCCCCAUUGGUUACCAAAAGGAUAUUGAGUCUCACCACUUAAAUUUCUUUAGAAUGAUCUGCCAUUAAAGUCUAUAUAUGUGAUUCAAGUCUUUAAUAGUAUCUGGUCCGUAGAAGUUAGAUUACAAGAGCUGAGUGGAAGGAUUAGAUUAAACUAGUUUCUGGUAGAUCAUGUGAGUCUUGGAACCUCCUCGUGCACACUACGAUAUAGGGAUUUGUGAAGUGUGUUUCAAUACGAUGUGACCUAGAGUACGAAGAUUUUGAUAGAAUAAAGAAUAUGGUAGUAUGGUACUAUCAAGCUCUCGUAGAACCAUUAUGUAUGAGUAAUGGUAAAGUGUAUCCCAACGAGCUUGUGUGGGGAACUAGUAUGCUCUAUGAGUAAUAGAAUAAUUGGUGGGAGUAAAGAGUAUAAAGUUGGCACCACAAACUGUUAUAAGUCAAAGGCUUAAACCCGGAAAGUUGGGUAAGUUGUACUGUGCGACUUUUGAUUGAAUAAAUCAGUAUAUAUCAGUGGAGUUAAAAUUUAGAAUAUAAAACCGAUAAGAGCGUAAUUAUUUAGAUUUUUCUUUUGAAAGAUAUCGUGUAGAUUCCUUGAUUAGUUUAUUUUUUACAAUUGAAAUCUAAAGAGCAUAAUAAAGAUGCCGUGUAAAAAAAAACAAUGGAUUCUGAGUUAGACUUUUACUGCGGAAAAUUUCAUUAUUUAGUCUAAGUUAGUCUUGGAUAUGACCCUGUACAGUUUAUUACCAGAUGACCUAUGGAAUUAUGUGUUACUUGCAGUUUGGCUUCCUUAUUUUGACAUAGUUGGAAGAUUAAAGUUAGAAGGAACAUUAUUGUGGAAUAUUAGCGAAGAAGUAACUUUCGAUAAUGAACGGCCCAAAGGAAGUUUACAAUUAAAAUAUUAUUAUUAUUAUUAUUAUUAUUUUGUCUCGUACAGACUACAUGUUUGAACAUAACAUAUUUUUUUUAUUAGUGAAGGGAUGAAGGGUUUAAAAAAAAAAUCCAUAGCAUUUUUUUUCCGAAUCAUCCUACAGCUAAUUAAGGAAGCAAAGAGAGAGAAUUAUAAAGAAAUUAUUGAAAACAAAAGAAUGUCUGUUGUCAAGUAUUUUUUUGUCAAAUUCGUUUAAAAAUAAUAAUAAUAAUAUUUUGUCAAAUAUUUUAUGUCGGACACUUAUGUGUUUGACAAUCUCAAAUUUUGUUAAACAGAAUAUUUAUGAUGUCUUGUGUUUAAGAAACAUGAAAAUUUUAAAGCUAAACAAACAGUUCCUUUUGAAUAUUGGCAGUUUAAUGUUAACCCGCAUACUGAUAUAUAGAGGGAGCCCAAGAAGAUUUUUCUUCUAGAUAUUGAGGCUAUUAGUUUCAAUUACUAAAUUAUACAGUAUAUAUGUUUUAAGAUUGGAUAAGAUAGAUGCUCACCUCAUUAAAAAUUAGAUAUAGUUGUUUGUUUCAAAACUGAAAUUCUAAGAUAAAAAUGAAAAAUUUAAUUUACAAUUUAAUUCAACUUCCUGACUACUCAGGAAUACAAAUCAGUGAAGUACAAGUUUGGGCUCCAGAGGUAUAGAAACACAAGAAAGUCUGUUUUUCUUUUUGAUGAAAAGAUAAUUGUGAGGUGUUGCGUGGUAAAAAAAGAAGAAGAAGAGAGUUUAGUAGUUUAAUCUACUUUAGAAUUUACAGUGGAUUAUUAAAACAAAUGAAGAUUCCCCUUAUGCUUUAGGAAAGAUUUUCUUGUAGAGAACCACCUUGACAAUAGACAGUAGAAGUGUAACAUACCAAGAGAAUGAUUUUUCUUGAAAGUAUAAAACAUGCACUAGACUUGAGUACUUCAUCACGCCUAAAAGAAGAAGAAGUCAUAAGGAUCCAACAGUAAAUACAUAAUACUAUGUUUGUGUCAUUAAUUUUUUUUUUUUUAAAAAAUAGGCUUACAUAUGAGUCUCAUACGUCAUAACGCUGCUACGAUGAACAGUUUGUGAGAUAGCUAAUAAGUUGGUAUAAUACAAAAAGGGCGUGUUGCAUAAAUAAAGCAAUCUGUUGGAUAGAAUCGAUAAAUGGCGAAUGAGAAAACUCCAUCCUUACCCACACCGUCAAUAAAUUGUGAAGAGGAAACUCUUAAAGAUCACAGGGAAGAAAACAUUUUUCAGAUACUGUAAUGCUAGAAUUUCAGCAAUCAAGGAUUAAUUUUGGAAAGAGUUCUAUUCUUAUAUAUUUUUAAAAAAAAAAGUUUGGCUUAUGUAGGCAUACCAAUACCAGUGGAAGGUGAUUUUCAUUUUCAUUUUUAGUAGUAUGUGGGGUAAGUUUUUAUGACACAGUAAAAUUUGACUAUUGUUUUUCCUUUUCAUUUUAAUAAGCAAAAUAGGCAAAGUAAUUAGUAUACAUAUGCAAUCUUGUGAGAUUGUGAUCUUGUGAUGUAGUGUUAGCAGAAAAUAUUAGUGUUUAAACAAGUUUUCUUGUUGAGGUAAAUUAUCAAGAAUUUGUUGUGAUCUUGUGUAGUAGUAGUAUGUCUCCCCAAUAAUAGAAACAUGAUCUGAUUAAUAAUUGCAAGAAAUGUCAGUUUGAAAUUGAAGCAUUAAAGUCACAUGCUCCUGAAGUAAGUAACCUUGUAAAAGAUACAAAGUUAUUGUCGUUGCAUUAAAACCAUGUGAGAGGUCAGAAAAGAAAUAAUGUGAGAUGGCGUUAUCCCGCGUUGUUCUAAGUUUCGAGGACGAAACUUUUAUAAGGUGGGAGGGGUUGUAACACCCCGAGUUUAGCGAUCUAGUUACAUUAAUUUUUUAUUUUAUUUAGUUAGAUGAAUAAGUUUAUUUUAUGAAUAAUGUGAUUUAUUGUUUGAUCAUGUGUUGUUUUGGCAGUUAACGUUGACCGGUAAGCUCUAAUAAUUUCAAGUGGAGAAAUAAGUAAUGUUUUAAAGCUUAAUCAGUUUAUUUUUAAAUAGAAGAUACUUUUAAUGUCUUAGAAACAUAUUUUUAAGAGAUGAUUAGAAGCCCAAUUCAGUUAACUAAGCCCAUGUUUGAGAUUGAAAUCCCUAAGAAGUGGUCAUACGUGUUAUUAAAAACCAAGGUCUCGACAUGCGUCUCUAUCCUUCCAUCAGCAGCCGUCUCUUCUCCCCGGAAGAGUUUUCAUUACUUUCAAUUUGCGAUCAAAGUUGUACUUAGUUCUGAAUCAAAUCUAAAACCUGGUAUGUUACAAGUUUCCUUCGGUCACAUACUUUCUUUUUACAUUGCCAGAAUACUUUUGAAAGUAGGUUGUUUAUUUAGGCAGAAAAGUUUCCACCGAAAGCAAUUCUAAAUUUUUUGGUUAAACUGUUCGGUUGUAUUUUUGAGUGGAAUUGGCAUAAUUGAUUUUUUUUUAAAUUAGUACUUGUUUAGAGAACAUGGAGGUUGGUUUAUUUUAGAAGCUGCAUAGGGCUGCUAACUCACAGAAUCAGGUCCUUAGAGCUAAUGUUAUACUUCGUAGUUCAAACUUUGUCUUAACUUUAGAUUUACUUCAAUUCAAUCGUAGACCAGUCUGAUAACUGCUGCUAUUUUUCGAUUUUAAGAUUUCUUUACAGGUUUGAAGGCAUAAUUGUCUGAAAAGUGAUUUGUUUGAAACCUAAGCUUGAGUUUUUUUUAUCUUCAGGGGGGCUAGUUUCAUUUAUUUUAAUUUUGGGGAUUUUUGAUUGACGAGUUAAUAAGUUGAUGCAUAGAGAUUUUAAAAUAGAAGAAUUCCAUUUUUUUUUCAUGUAUUCAAAAUGUAUAAUCGAUUGGUGCUUAGCUAGAUUUCUUUAGUGGAUGACCUGAAUAUCAGUUUAGUUUUAGGUAAUAAUUUGUGUUUUGUUAGAAAGAAAAAAAAAAAAAACAAGACCCGGACAGUUCAUAUUUUCCUCAAACAACUAACUUGGGUAGUAGCAAAAGAUCACUAAAUUGGUCAUUUGGUCUGCACUUUUAAGCUUUGGUUAUAGUAUAAUGAGUUUUUAUUGUAAUAUUAUACUCAAUUAAAGAUUUAAGAGAAGAGCUUACCGGGGAGACGUUAUCAAGGUGCCACACUUAUCUGAGUAUUUUGAGUUCAGCUGCUAACAGGUAAGUUCACUACCACCUGUACAUGUUUGUUCAACCAAAUGAAAGAAAGAAGUCUGGUUGAUUUUUAAUAGAUAAUUUUAGACUAUUUGCUAUUAUGUGAACUAUGUGAAUUAUGUGAUGAGUUAUUUUAUUGCUAGAUUAAGUUAUGUUUAUUAUCUGGCAUAGUCAAGAUUUGUUAGUACUUUCGUUUCCAGAUUUAAUGAUGUUUAGUCAAACGUCACCAUAAAAAGAACUAAUACUUAAAGUGAAAGAUUAAGUGAUAUGUACUCGGGAAUUAGAUCCCUCAGAUUAGCAGUUUUAGUUUUAGAUAGUCCGAUAUGUUUAGUGGGUCGCUCCCCUGAGCUGUCAGAUUGGCGCCAUUGAGUACAUAUCACGGGCCCACAGUUAAAAUUAGCCACAAAGAGUUUUACAGAAAGUUUAAUGAGAUCUCUUUCAGAAAGUUUUACAGAAAGUUUAAUGAGAUCUCUUUCAGAAAGUCUUACAGAAAGUUGUUUUUGAGAUCUCCUUCAGAAAGUUUACAGAGAUGUUUUUAGAAAGAAAUUUUGAGAUCUCUCCAGCAGUUUUGAGAAAUUAUUUUAGAAAAUAUUUCCUUUUGAGAUCUCCCUCAAAAUGAAUUUGAGAAGAUAUGUGUUAUUGUGUUAGUUACUUGUUCAGUGCAUGCUUAUAGCCUAAUUUUAUCUAUUGAUAAAUUAGCAUAGACUUCUCAUAUAUUUUUGUGGAUCCAUAGUGACUUACUAAGCGUAAAGCUUAUCAGUUUUCUUUCUUCGCAUGUACAGAUACUAAGGGUAAGGCCAAGGCCUAGGAAGAUGACGAGGGAGUGGAACGCGUGCCAAGAUGAGUUAACGGGAACGACCUUGGUGGCUUCUAGCUAGAUAAUAUUUGGUUUCAGUAUUUCAGUGUUAUAAUAAAGUGACUUAUAUUACUUUAUCUUUUUUAUUUGAGGAUUUGAAGUUUUAGCAAAUUCCUGGAUCCAGGUGGUUAUCACAUGUGCUGGUGAUAACUAUAUUUUAUUGAGUUUUUAUCAAGAGUUAUACUUUAAUUAUAUUUGAGAUUUUAUCAGGGUUAUUUUCUUAAAUAGACGGCCGUUAAUUGCAGCUAUUUUUUUUAAAAGUAGUAAGUUAGUGUAACGAUUCCUUUAACCCUGAGAGGGGCGUUACAAAUUUGGUAUCAGAGCCCAGGUUGUCCCGUAACUUCAUCUGUCACCGUACACGUGCUCGUCAUCUUCCAAGUAAGUACUUAUUUAUGUAAAGAGUCAUCUAGGCCAUAAUAUAUUUGGGUGUUGUUGGUAUUAGUUAGAUAGAAAAGUCAAGUAAGAGUAAUGUAUACUCAACUCGUAAAACCAUUAUGUCAUUACAAGUUAUCCAGAUUAAAAUUUUAUUCGAGUGCCUAAACUCUUAAGUUAGAUCUUCUAUUUCAUAUAGGAAGUAUUUAGGGUGGUUAUUUAAAACACCAUAGUUGUAGACUACUGGUCAUAUAUGUCUCGUGGUUAAGUAUUUACAGUCUUACCAUUCAGAUCUUGUUGAUCUUUCAUAAUAGACAUUUUGAAUACACCCCGUCUACUCAAGAUUUAAAUUAGAUUAAAAAAAAAGUUUUAGAAUUGGUCUAAUAUUUCAUGUUUUAUUACUCGAUUCCCAUCAGUUAUUUUUAUUUAUUAGCACACAUAUAUCAAAUAAAAUGUCAGUUUGGUAGGACCACACCGACCCGGUGCUUACAACGAAAGAAUAUUUCCCACAAGCACGUGAGUCAUUGUAUUAUAGUUAUUGCAUUUAUCUAUUUAUAAAUUAAAACUAUUUUAAAAAUGCUCAUGAUAUUAGCUCUAUCUUAUUAUUUGCCAAAAAAAAAUAGUGUAGUUAUAAGUUAGAGCUUAUUUUUUUAAUGUAAAAUGUUGAAGCUUCACUUUAGAUUUCAAAAGCUCUUAAAUAGUGGAUUCAAAUGUUUUAUCAACAAUAUCAUAAGCUGCAUGAUUUUUUUUAAGUGUUGAGUGUCGGUGUUUCAUGUUUGGUAUCUUAAAUUGCUGGGAGGGCCCCUCAGCGAUUUGAUGAUUCCAACAGGAGAUAUCGGUGAUCGGACACUACUUUAAAAUGAUCAAUGGUCAGAUUAUACAUUUCUUUACGUUGUAAAUGCUUAUUUCAAAAUAAGUUUUAAAGUGUGUUGAUUAAUCAUUUAAUGCGUUUAGUGAUUAAUGAUUGAUCACAUGGCAGUGAUUUUUUUUUACCAAAAUUCAAAUAAGUAAUUUUUUUAGUGAUAUAUUAGUAUAGUAUUUAGUUAUUUCCUCAAAAGUAUGUUUCAGAAGAAAUUUAGAGUUUUAAAAUAUCUCAAAGAAAUUUUCAGAGUAUUCUCAGCUUUUGGCACUGAGAUUUAAAAAAAUGUUGUACAUUCUUUUUACAAAGGUUGCCCUCACAUUUUUUCCCCCAUUGGUUACCAAAAGGAUAUUGAGUCUCACCACUUAAAUUUCUUUAGAAUGAUCUGCCAUUAAAGUCUAUAUAUGUGAUUCAAGUCUUUAAUAGUAUCUGGUCCGUAGAAGUUAGAUUACAAGAGCUGAGUGGAAGGAUUAGAUUAAACUAGUUUCUGGUAGAUCAUGUGAGUCUUGGAACCUCCUCGUGCACACUACGAUAUAGGGAUUUGUGAAGUGUGUUUCAAUACGAUGUGACCUAGAGUACGAAGAUUUUGAUAGAAUAAAGAAUAUGGUAGUAUGGUACUAUCAAGCUCUCGUAGAACCAUUAUGUAUGAGUAAUGGUAAAGUGUAUCCCAACGAGCUUGUGUGGGGAACUAGUAUGCUCUAUGAGUAAUAGAAUAAUUGGUGGGAGUAAAGAGUAUAAAGUUGGCACCACAAACUGUUAUAAGUCAAAGGCUUAAACCCGGAAAGUUGGGUAAGUUGUACUGUGCGACUUUUGAUUGAAUAAAUCAGUAUAUAUCAGUGGAGUUAAAAUUUAGAAUAUAAAACCGAUAAGAGCGUAAUUAUUUAGAUUUUUCUUUUGAAAGAUAUCGUGUAGAUUCCUUGAUCAGUUUAUUUUUUACAAUUGAAAUCUAAAGAGCAUAAUAAAGAUGCCGUGUAAAAAAAACAAUGGAUUCUGAGUUAGACUUUUACUGCGGAAAAUUUCAUUAUUUAGUCUAAGUUAGUCUUGGAUAUGACCCUGUACAGUUUAUUACCAGAUGACCUAUGGAAUUAUGUGUUACUUGCAGUUUGGCUUCCUUAUUUUGACAUAGUUGGAAGAUUAAAGUUAGAAGGAACAUUAUUGUGGAAUAUUAGCGAAGAAGUAACUUUCGAUAAUGAACGGCCCAAAGGAAGUUUACAAUUAAAAUAUUAUUAUUAUUAUUAUUAUUAUUAUUAUUAUUAUUAUUAUUUUGUCUCGUACAGACUACAUGUUUGAACAUAACACAUUUUUUUUUAUUAGUGAAGGGAUGAAGGGUUUAAAAAAAAAUCCAUAGCAUUUUUUUUCCGAAUCAUCCUACAGCUAAUUAAGGAAGCAAAGAGAGAGAAUUAUAAAGAAAUUAUUGAAAACAAAAGAAUGUCUGUUGUCAAGUAUUUUUUUGUCAAAUUCGUUUAAAAAUAAUAAUAAUGAUAUUUUGUCAAAUAUUUUAUGUCGGACACUUAUGUGUUUGACAAUCUCAAAUUUUGUUAAACAGAAUAUUUAUGAUGUCUUGUGUUUAAGAAACAUGAAAAUUUUAAAGCUAAACAAACAGUUCCUUUUGAAUAUUGGCAGUUUAAUGUUAACCCGCAUACUGAUAUAUAGAGGGAGCCCAAGAAGAUUUUUCUUCUAGAUAUUGAGGCUAUUAGUUUCAAUUACUAAAUUAUACAGUAUAUAUGUUUUAAGAUUGGAUAAGAUAGAUGCUCACCUCAUUAAAAAUUAGAUAUAGUUGUUUGUUUCAAAACUGAAAUUCUAAGAUAAAAAUGAAAAUUUUAAUUUACAAUUUAAUUCAACUUCCUGACUACUCAGGAAUACAAAUCAGUGAAGUACAAGUUUGGGCUCCAGAGGUAUAGAAACACAAGAAAGUCUGUUUUUCUUUUUGAUGAAAAGAUAAUUGUGAGGUGUUGCGUGGUAAAAAAAGAAGAAGAAGAAGAGAGUUUAGUAGUUUAAUCUACUUUAGAAUUUACAGUGGAUUAUUAAAACAAAUGAAGAUUCCCCUUAUGCUUUAGGAAAGAUUUUCUUGUAGAGAACCACCUUGACAAUAGACAGUAGAAGUGUAACAUACCAAGAGAAUGAUUUUUCUUGAAAGUAUAAAACAUGCACUAGACUUGAGUACUUCAUCACGCCUAAAAGAAGAAGAAGUCAUAAGGAUCCAACAGUAAAUACAUAAUACUAUGUUUGUGUCAUUAAUUUUUUUUUUUAAAAAAAAAAUAGGCUUACAUAUGAGUCUCAUACGUCAUAACGCUGCUACGAUGAACAGUUUGUGAGAUAGCUAAUAAGUUGGUAUAAUACAAAAAGGGCGUGUUGCAUAAAUAAAGCAAUCUGUUGGAUAGAAUCGAUAAAUGGCGAAUGAGAAAACUCCAUCCUUACCCACACCGUCAAUAAAUUGUGAAGAGGAAACUCUUAAAGAUCACAGGGAAGAAAACAUUUUUCAGAUACUGUAAUGCUAGAAUUUCAGCAAUCAAGGAUUAAUUUUGGAAAGAGUUCUAUUCUUAUAUAUUUUUAAAAAAAAAAAGUUUGGCUUAUGUAGGCAUACCAAUACCAGUGGAAGGUGAUUUUCAUUUUCAUUUUUAGUAGUAUGUGGGGUAAGUUUUUAUGACACAGUAAAAUUUGACUAUUGUUUUUCCUUUUCAUUUUAAUAAGCAAAAUAGGCAAAGUAAUUAGUAUACAUAUGCAAUCUUGUGAGAUUGUGAUCUUGUGAUGUAGUGUUAGCAGAAAAUAUUAGUGUUUAAACAAGUUUUCUUGUUGAGGUAAAUUAUCAAGAAUUUGUUGUGAUCUUGUGUAGUAGUAGUAUGUCUCCCCAAUAAUAGAAACAUGAUCUGAUUAAUAAUUGCAAGAAAUGUCAGUUUGAAAUUGAAGCAUUAAAGUCACAUGCUCCUGAAGUAAGUAACCUUGUAAAAGAUACAAAGUUAUUGUCGUUGCAUUAAAACCAUGUGAGAGGUCAGAAAAGAAAUAAUGUGAGAUGGCGUUAUCCCGCGUUGUUCUAAGUUUCGAGGACGAAACUUUUAUAAGGUGGGAGGGGUUGUAACACCCUGAGUUUAGCGAUCUAGUUACAUUAAUUUUUUAUUUUAUUUAGUUAGAUGAAUAAGUUUAUUUUAUGAAUAAUGUGAUUUAUUGUUUGAUCAUGUGUUGUUUUGGCAGUUAACGUUGACCGGUAAGCUCUAAUAAUUUCAAGUGGAGAAAUAAGUAAUGUUUUAAAGCUUAAUCAGUUUAUUUUUAAAUAGAAGAUACUUUUAAUGUCUUAGAAACAUAUUUUUAAGAGAUGAUUAGAAGCCCAAUUCAGUUAACUAAGCCCAUGUUUGAGAUUGAAAUCCCUAAGAAGUGGUCAUACGUGUUAUUAAAAACCAAGGUCUCGACAUGCGUCUCUAUCCUUCCAUCAGCAGCCGUCUCUUCUCCCCGGAAGAGUUUUCAUUACUUUCAAUUUGCGAUCAAAGUUGUACUUAGUUCUGAAUCAAAUCUAAAACCUGGUAUGUUACAAGUUUCCUUCGGUCACAUACUUUCUUUUUACAUUGCCAGAAUACUUUUGAAAGUAGGUUGUUUAUUUAGGCAGAAAAGUUUCCACCGAAAGCAAUUCUAAAUUUUUUGGUUAAACUGUUCGGUUGUAUUUUUGAGUGGAAUUGGCAUAAUUGAUUUUUUUUUAAAUUAGUACUUGUUUAGAGAACAUGGAGGUUGGUUUAUUUUAGAAGCUGCAUAGGGCUGCUAACUCACAGAAUCAGGUCCUUAGAGCUAAUGUUAUACUUCGUAGUUCAAACUUUGUCUUAACUUUAGAUUUACUUCAAUUCAAUCGUAGACCAGUCUGAUAACUGCUGCUAUUUUUCGAUUUUAAGAUUUCUUUACAGGUUUGAAGGCAUAAUUGUCUGAAAAGUGAUUUGUUUGAAACCUAAGCUUGAGUUUUUUUUAUCUUCAGGGGGGCUAGUUUCAUUUAUUUUAAUUUUGGGGAUUUUUGAUUGACGAGUUAAUAAGUUGAUGCAUAGAGAUUUUAAAAUAGAAGAAUUCCAUUUUUUUUCAUGUAUUCAAAAUGUAUAAUCGAUUGGUGCUUAGCUAGAUUUCUUUAGUGGAUGACCUGAAUAUCAGUUUAGUUUUAGGUAAUAAUUUGUGUUUUGUUAGAAAGAAAAAAAAAACAAGACCCGGACAGUUCAUAUUUUCCUCAAACAACUAACUUGGGUAGUAGCAAAAGAUCACUAAAUUGGUCAUUUGGUCUGCACUUUUAAGCUUUGGUUAUAGUAUAAUGAGUUUUUAUUGUAAUAUUAUACUCAAUUAAAGAUUUAAGAGAAGAGCUUACCGGGGAGACGUUAUCAAGGUGCCACACUUAUCUGAGUAUUUUGAGUUCAGCUGCUAACAGAUUUAAGAGAAGAGCUUACCGGGGAGACGUUAUCAAGGUGCCACACUUAUCUGAGUAUUUUGAGUUCAGCUGCUAACAGGUAAGUUCACUACCACCUGUACAUGUUUGUUCAACCAAAUGAAAGAAAGAAGUCUGGUUGAUUUUUAAUAGAUAAUUUUAGACUAUUUGCUAUUAUGUGAACUAUGUGAAUUAUGUGAUGAGUUAUUUUAUUGCUAGAUUAAGUUAUGUUUAUUAUCUGGCAUAGUCAAGAUUUGUUAGUACUUUCGUUUCCAGAUUUAAUGAUGUUUAGUCAAACGUCACCAUAAAAAGAACUAAUACUUAAAGUGAAAGAUUAAGUGAUAUGUACUCGGGAAUUAGAUCCCUCAGAUUAGCAGUUUUAGUUUUAGAUAGUCCGAUAUGUUUAGUGGGUCGCUUCCCUGAGCUGUCAGAUUGGCGCCAUUGAGUACAUAUCACGGGCCCACAGUUAAAAUUAGCCACAAAGAGUUUUACAGAAAGUUUAAUGAGAUCUCUUUCAGAAAGUUUUACAGAAAGUUUAAUGAGAUCUCUUUCAGAAAGUCUUACAGAAAGUUGUUUUUGAGAUCUCCUUCAGAAAGUUUACAGAGAUGUUUUUAGAAAGAAAUUUUGAGAUCUCUCCAGCAGUUUUGAGAAAUUAUUUUAGAAAAUAUUUCCUUUUGAGAUCUCCCUCAAAAUGAAUUUGAGAAGAUAUGUGUUAUUGUGUUAGUUACUUGUUCAGUGCAUGCUUAUAGCCUAAUUUUAUCUAUUGAUAAAUUAGCAUAGACUUUUCAUAUAUUUUUGUGGAUCCAUAGUGACUUACUAAGCGUAAAGCUUAUCAGUUUUCUUUCUUCGCAUGUACAGAUACUAAGGGUAAGGCCAAGGCCUAGGAAGAUGACGAGGGAGUGGAACGCGUGCCAAGAUGAGUUAACGGGAACGACCUUGGUGGCUUCUAGCUAGAUAAUAUUUGGUUUCAGUAUUUCAGUGUUAUAAUAAAGUGACUUAUAUUACUUUAUCUUUUUUAUUUGAGGAUUUGAAGUUUUAGCAAAUUCCUGGAUCCAGGUGGUUAUCACAUGUGCUGGUGAUAACUAUAUUUUAUUGAGUUUUUAUCAAGAGUUAUACUUUAAUUAUAUUUGAGAUUUUAUCAGGGUUAUUUUCUUAAAUAGACGGCCGUUAAUUGCA